AUGGCGCCUAGAAAAGCAUGUGUAAUUUUGUUUCCCAAGUCCAUUCUUCAUGUCGACUGGGGGAGGCGAUUUGACGAUGAAGAAAUCACAGCUGACGUUCCGCUUCCAGGAAACGAUUCUUCUGUCAUGGCUACCACCAAAGAAUCUGGGGCCCAGUCUUCUGCCAGCUUAUCUGUCUCCGACCAAGAACAAGCGAUUGUUUAUCUCCUGGAUCAAUCUAUUGAAAGCAUUCUCCAUGACAUCCUUCUCGAUAUCCAUCAGGAAGAGAAGAUAGCUCGUAUGCAAACAGCGGUCGUCGAGGUCGAACAAAGAGCGGAGAAGCUUGGAAAGAAAGUAACCACCGAUCCUCAAGAUGGCGAAAAUGCCGAUGAUGAGCCGGUGGAGACCAAUGCCGCUGUUUUGAAGUCUGGUCAAGUCCAGCUGAAAGGAAAUCCCAUGAAGACGGUCAAACAUAUCAGAUGCCCGAAUUGCCGACUUCGACGUCUUCAAUAUCCCCGAGUCGGUUUCAAUUCCCGCCCGGUGCCGGAUCCAACAGAACAGUAUUGCAAGACUGAACCCAUGAUCAUUCUUGACAAGCAUGACGUUCAUGGGCAGCGAAAGAAAGGAGUCAAGGUCAAGGGACAAGCCAAGGGCAAAAACAAGAAAAAGAACGAGCCCGCAUCGCCCACAUCCGAAAACUCAGAUCCGUUGACGCCGUCUUCCUCGGUCCCCACGGAAUCUUUCGAGUUCAAAGAAAUCGACUAUCCGGCAGCCAAAUGUCCGAACCGAGAGUCACAUUUGGGUGACCAUUGGAAAUCAGUCAACGUGUUUGCCACCCAUUUGAACGGAAGCUGCUACCUGAAGAAGGACCGCGCGGCCGGGAGGGAAGCCAACGCCAAGAUUGGCGGCACUCCCAGAGAUAGCCGAGCCAAUUCACCCAAGGCAAGCUCCAACGGCGUGAAGAGAAAGGCGGAGGAUGAAAACACGGGCGGCACGAAGAAGAAACAGAAGACCGGAGACGUCAAGAAAAAUGCAAAGCAGGGUGUUUCGGGUCCCAGCAAGCUGAGGGAAACCAACAAUGUGGACGAUCAAGGAGGAGACAGUCCUCUGAAGGAGGCCAAUGGAGAUACCAUCCAAGUCACGCCUACCAAGGCAACAAGAGAUGCAAGUUCCGAACCGACAUUGAAACUCAAGUUGAAGACGGGGCCAGGAGACGGAACAGCUCGCAAAAAGCCCAGCAAGACAGGAAAGAAAGCAUCAUGA